AUGUCUAAACAAUUCAGCAUGUUGGCUACGGCCAGACAUGUGCCCUACACAACCGGACGCAGGGUUGAGACCGACCCAGCCCAAUUCCUUGGAAUGAUGCGCCUACAACAGGAUAACCGGUACUCGGGACACCCGCCACCGGAUAUGCUUCCACGUCUCCACCAGCUCAUACUCGCCCUGCCUUCCGUCUGCUUCGACGAGCUUGACUUGGAGAGGGAGGAGCUGCAGGUUCUGCUUAACCAGAUCAAGAAUGCAUGCAAGGUUUGGAUUGUCGUCAAAGACGAUGUCGAAGGCAUGGUGACGCUGUGGGCGGAGGAGCGUGGCGACUUCGCCGAUGCUCUGUGGAAAAUCCACAGCCUCCUGAGUCUCUCGGGCUCGGGGCGUAGUCGAGGCACGUUCUUUCCCUUGUUCCUGGUGGAGGUCCCUUCCACCCAGCCCGAUGCUACCAAGGUCUUGUUGGUGAGCACGUCGGAUGGCAGGCGGGCUGUGGUUCAGCAAAACCCUGCGGAACACUUGCCCCUUUCCAAUGCGGAUACUCGCCGUGCUGCGCGUUGCGAUCAGAUCAAGAGGGCCAUUGCCGAGGUGGCAAGCGAACUCAGGAAGGUACCCGCCGAGAUGCGGAUGAGGGUGCACUUCGGCUGCCUCUCACUUACCCAAUCUCACAAAGACAAGCAUCUCUACAGCUUCAACGACUUUGAGGCGUUUGCCCGUCAAGUAGGACGUCGAGGAUGUUCCAAGAUGGAUCUCAACAUGGGAGAUGAGAGGUUUUCUGGCCAGCUUCUGGAGAGGGUCUUUGAGUCGACCGCGAUCUUUGAGCCAGAGCAUGCUCGCAUCUUCCGCAUGCAGGAUACGCCGGCUCACCAAUUCGUCGUGAUCUUUGCCAGGGGCUACAGGAUUGAGAUCCCCAUCCAGACAAUCUCCACUGGACCUUCCCAAACGAAGACUAAUUGCGGCCCACCUCGGGCUUUCGAUCAUAUUGGACGGGACAAGGAGAUCGAGAUCACUACCCUCUGCCCCGAGAGGCAUCACGACUGGAAGGUGGAGGUCCUCACCGAACUCGCAAGGCUCCCGCGGUGGGCCAAUGAACUCAUCAGCCAUAUCCGGUUUGUCCAGGCGGAGGGUGAAGACAAGUUUCCAAGGCCACAAAUCCCGAAAGAUGUCCUCCAUCAGUAUGGCGUUGAGAUGCUGGCCGGCAAGACCAUAUGGAAGGUACGCAUGCAACACACCUCGUACCUCGUGGAGAUUUCUCUCUACCGAGAAUGGAGCCGUGCCGACACCAAGUGCAUCGGAGCCAAGAGCACCAACACCCAUGGCACUGGCACAAGUAUCAAGGGCCCCAGCACCCAGGGUGGCAAGGGCAGCAAGCCCGAGGACAUCAACACCAAGAGCCCCCUUACCAAGUUCUGCGGAGUUACGAUGUACUGUGACGAGUGGGAAGACGAGAUGCGUUUUCGCAAUCUCGCGGAUCAACCUAGAGACUGGGGUCAGGACAACAAGAAGCUCUUCCGGGACGUACCUGCCUGGAACGCCACUGCCAAUGGAACGGCAACAGCGGCACCAACGGCACCAACGGCACCAGCGGCGGGCGGAGCGGCAGGCGGAACAGCCAACGGACCGGCACCCGGAUACAUGGACGGAUACGCGGCGUUUCUAAAAAUGGUCGACCACUUACACGAUGUCCUCGACAGCAUUGGCCCAGUGAACCGCCCUGGUCCAGUGAGCGCCCCUGAGGGUGCCCCAACGCCUGCCCAGGACCUUCUUGGCGAUAUUCAAGAGUCCAUUACGGAGCAGCCUCUCGAGUCUCAGGGCGCCGGCUCGGCCUGA